GCCGAAUUGCCAUUUUAGAAGUAGACACUUUCGACAGGGCGAGCCUCACGCGGGUGGGGGGGUUGGAUUUGAGUUUCUUCCCAAGCAGCCACGGGCACGAGAGAGAGGAGGCAGUGGCCUGUUUCGUGGUUCUAUCCUAUCCGAGCCUGGAGGUUCUGCAUGAAAGCUAUCUGCCGACAACCCUGACAAUCCCGUACGUGGCCGGAUUCCUGGCCUACCGAGAAGGCCCCCCCAUGGCGCAGCUGGUGGAGGAAUUGCGACGAACACAACCCACCUUGAU